AUGUUGAUUUUAAAAUGCAUACAAAGUAAAAAAAUUCUUUGUACAAUAUCAAAUAAUAUAGGAGCUCUUUCAUCUAUUCGGAAAAUAUCUAAUGCAAAGGAAAUUAACGUGAAAGGGAAAUAUGAUAUUAUUAUUGCUGGUGGUGGCAUGGUUGGAUGUGCCUUAGCCUGUGCUAUGGGUAAAAAUCCUUUACUCUCUCAACUAAAAGUAUUACUACUAGAAGGAAGUCCAAAUAAAAAGUUUGAAUUCAAGCCUGAAUACAGUAACAGGGUGGUCGCUUUGAAUGGAAAAACCAAAUCUUUGAUGAACUCAUUAAAAGUAUGGGAACAUGUUGAAAAUAUGAGAUUACAGCCGGUUAGAUAUAUGCAAGUGUGGGAUGCAUGUUCCGAUGCCUUAAUAUCUUUUAGCAGUUCAGAAAUCUUUGAUGAUGAUUUAGCAUAUAUUGUCGAAAAUGAUGUUUUGCUUGAAGCCAUUAACAAAGAGUUGAAGUCCAAAGAUGUAAAGAAUGUAGAAAUUGUAUAUGGAGCUAAAAUAGGGGGUUAUGAACUAGCUAAGGAUGAUAGUCCCAGAAACAUUGUUAAAAUGAGCAACGGAGACAACUACAUAUGUGACUUGCUGGCAAAUUUGAAAUAA